AUGAAAUUCUUCUGGAUCACAGCCCUGGUGCUGCUGGGCUCUCAAGGGGUCACCUCAUUGUCCAUUCCAUCUUCCGACACCGAUGUGAUUGAACACGGCUGGCUAGAUAUCCCCUCCACAAACCCUCGCCACGUCCCCGACCUGGAAAAGCGACGAGGUGGUGGUGGUGGAAAGGGCGGCGGUGGCGGCGGCGGCGGCGGCGGCAGCAGCAGCAGCAGUAGCUCCAGCGGUGGAAGCAGUGGUGGCCGCUCCGGCAGUUCUGGUAGCUCCAGUGGCCGGACGAGUUCAUCUAGCAACCAAGGAGGUUCUACACGAGGCGGCUCUGGAGUCUCUCCUGGUUAUGGCGGUGGAAGUUAUUACGCAGGUGGAGCCAAAACACCUUAUUCCGCUGGGGGUCGGUCACCGGGAGGCAUUUCGCCGUAUCUUCUGCCUCUCGGUGCUCUCGCCAUCUUCCCCGGUCUUUGGCUUGCGGGUGCUUACGCCUAUUCCUACAAUCACCCUUACUACUACAACCACAAUGGUCGCAACGAUUCCUUGCCCGUGACGUGUCUCUGUGAGAAAUACCAAGAGUGUGGUUGCGAGGACAACAACAACCAAACGUACUAUCAAGACUUGUUCAACGGCACCGAGCCUCGGAAUGGAUCGAACGUGCGAGUGGCCGAUGUCAACGGCACCAAGACCAUUUUGAUCAACGGUACUUUGCCCAAUGGAACGACCGCAUCGACGUCGGCCGGUCCGGGUCGAUGA